GGUUAGAGAGAGCAGUUUAACAACAACCACAAGAGAGAGAGAGAGAGGUUAGAGAGCAUGAGAUGCAUGCUGCGAUAAGAAGAGUUAUCUUAGUGAGCAAAUGCCAAAUUACCCAAUUUGAGUAGGCGACUCAAAUCUCCCGCUCCGGCCAAUCGAUCUCCGCCAAUUUGAUUUCGCCUGGAAUUGGAGAUAACAUGGUACAUUCAGAGUCAUCAGUACUUAGUUCGUUGCGCGGUGGUAGUGAUUUUUCUAAGGAUGAAGUAGCAACAUCAGUUUCAGGUAAUGGUAGCUACACUGAUCCUGUGGUUAGGAGGAAGUCCAAGCGGUUUAAGGUUGCAGCAGAAAGUGAGUUAUCUCCUGAUUGUGGAUCGGUUUCCAAGCGACUCAGAUCGAGAAGUAUUCAGAAGGAGGUCCUAAUUGAGACUUGCGAGAACAGGAAUGUUUCUGAUGACUGUGUUCUUUCUUCUGAAGCUGAGGUUGUGUUGAUUCCUCGAGAAAACGUGGUCGCGCAGGAUCGCUUGAUAUCUAUUGAUGUACAUUUUUGCAAGGACAUCGACGUUGGGGUAACCGAGAGCGCUGAAUCUCAUCGAGUUAACUUGCAGACCCAACUGAAAGAUAAGAAUCUGCUGGGGAACACAAGUGAGCUUUAUACGGUGGAGGUCCAGCCUCCAAGCAUUAGCUUGCAAGAAGAUGCGGUGGUGGGGUCUGUUUACAGGCAAAGCAUCACUACAAGAAAACAGCUUCGCGGAAGAACGAUUUCUGUAGUGAGAGACUUUCCUCCAAAUAUGGGGAGCAUAUUUCCAAAGAGUGGAAAGACCUUUGAAGUUCCUAUUUCGGUGGAAGAGAAACAUUUUGUUCUGAGGAAUUCAGAUUCGGGAGACCAUUUAAGUCAAUCUCCUGAUGAAAUCAUAUCACCAGAGGUUUUGGAGCCAUCGGAACUAGAGAAAGAGAAGUCGAAGGUUACAGUUCCAAAACCAAUUGAGGCUGCAGGUAGAAGAGGUACUCAUAUUAUUGGAACUGUGCCUGGUGUAGAGGUUGGCCAUGGAUUUCAAUAUAGAAUGGAGCUGAACUCUCUUGGUAUACAUAGACCAAGUCAAGGCGGUAUCGAUUAUAUGAAAGACGAUAGCGGAGAACUAGUUGCCUUGAGUAUCGUAUCAUCUGGAAAUUAUGAUGACGUGCUUGAUAACUCGGAUGUCUUGAUCUAUACAGGUCAAGGCGGAAAUGUUGGGAAAGGAAAGAAAAAUAUUGAACCCAAAGACCAACAGCUUGUAAGAGGAAACCUCGCGUUGAAAAACAGUAUACACAAAAAGAACCCUGUGCGGGUCAUAAGAGGCUACAAAAAUACGACAUUAGAAUCAUCAGCUGCUGUAAAGAAUUAUGUUUACGAUGGAUUGUAUCUGGUGGAAGAAUAUUGGGAAGAAACCGGGUCUCACGGUAAGCUCGUCUUCAAGUUCAAACUGCGACGUAUUCCUGGACAACCCGAGCGUUCCUGGAAAGUGGUUGAGAACUCAAAGAAAUCCGAGUUACGGGAAGAUGUUUGCAAUGUUGACAUCUCAGAAGGGAAAGAGGCAUUACCCAUACGCGCUGUGAACAAUUUAGACGACGAGAAACCCCCUCCGUUUAUCUACACGGUUAAAAUGAUAUAUCCGUAUUGGUGCCGGCCAAUUCCUCCAAAGAGCUGCGGUUGCACAAAACGCUGCUCGGAAUCAAAAAAUUGUUCCUGCGUAGCGAAAAACGACGGAAAGAUACCGUACAAUUAUGAUGGAGCCAUUUUAGAAGUAAAGCCCCUGGUUUAUGAGUGUGGACCACACUGCAAAUGCCCGCCUUCUUGCUACAUGCGAGUCUCACAGCACGGGAUCAAGAUACAGCUGGAGCUCUUCAAAACAGAGUCAAGGGGAUGGGGAGUCAGAUCGCUUGAAUCUGUUCCAGUGGGAAGCUUCAUCUGUGAGUACGCAGGAGAGCUUUUAGAGGAUAAACAAGCUGAAAUACUAACAGGGAAAGAUGAGUAUCUCUUUAACCUCGGGAAGGAAGAGGAUCCGUUCACCAUAGACGCAGCACGGGAAGGGAACAUAGGGAGAUUUAUAAACCAUAGCUGCUCGCCGAAUAUGUACGCUCAGGACGUAUUGUACGACCAUGAUGAAACCAGAAUUCCUCACGUGAUGUUCUUUGCACAGGAAAAUAUACGUCCGCUUGAGGAACUCACGUACGAUUACAACUAUAAGAUCGAUCAGGUACGCGACUCCAAUGGUAAUAUCAAGAAGAAAUUUUGCUAUUGUGGCUCGGCUGAGUGUUCUGGUAGACUCUACUAAUAAUCUGUUGGUACCACUUGUAUUCUCUUCAUUUUCCGUUUGAUCUCCAGUUCUGAAUAAGCAAAUUAGUGGACAGCUUGAGCCAAAAUUACAGUACAUAUUUGGUGUUAGUGAUGUUUAGCUGCAUUGUUUCAUUCUUCAGUAAUUCCCAGACUCUUACCAUAAGCCAAGUCUUUCAUUACUUAUUCUUCAUACUCUUGCAUUGUUAUGUAUUUGCAACUCUUGUUUUGUGUCUGUGUGUAUGUAUGUGUAUUCCUUC